CCUCGAUUAGUGCCGGUGCAACCCGGUGUAUCCACCAGUGAAUUCUGAAAAGCGCCCAUACGCACCUUUAGAUUUGACAGCUCCUACAAAAAUGUGAGGUUAUGCUCCGAAAAAAAAUUUCAAAAAUCUUUUAAAUAUUUUUCAAAAAAAAAGACAUAAUACAUAUACAAAUUUUCUGUGCAUUUAAAAUCAAAAAAAUGAAUCCUCACAUGUAUUACUGCCUAUUAACAUACCAAAGGACAUUUAAGUAUCACAUAACUCGUCGUAAAAUUAGCAAAUAUUUACACAAAGAUAUAUCGGCGAAAAAUAUCCGGCAAAGUUUCCUUGAUUAUUUUUUAAAGCGGCAAGAUCAUGUGUUUAUCCGUUCGAGUCCAGUGGUGCCUUUUUGUGACCCCACCGUCCCGUUUGUUAAUGCUGGAAUGAAUCAGUUUAAAGGGAUCUUCCUUGGGAAUCAAAUUCCCCACUUUACCAAGGUUGCCAAUAGUCAAAAGUGUAUUAGAGUAGGCGGUAAACAUAAUGACCUUAAUGUGGUGGGCAAAGAUGGGUACCAUCACACCUUUUUUGAAAUGCUCGGCAACUGGUCCUUCGGGGAAUAUUUUAAGGAAGAUGCUUGUAAAAUGGCUUGGGAAUUGUUGACACAAGUGUAUAAAAUACCCCCAACAAAGUUAUAUGUAACAUACUUUUCUGGUGAUGACAAAUUAGGCCUUAAGAGUGACUUGGAAACAAAAGAAAUUUGGAAGAAUUUGGGCAUCAAUGAAAAACGAAUUCUCCCUUAUGGCACCAAAGACAACUUUUGGGAAAUGGGAGUAACUGGACCAUGUGGACCCUGUACAGAAAUCCAUUAUGACCAUUUAGGAACCACCAACAGAUCCGAGUUUGUUAAUCGGGGUUUAUACGAUCUCACUGAAAUAUGGAACCUUGUUUUUAUACAGUACAACAGGUUAUCCGACGGAUCUAUAGUACCAUUGCCAAAAAGCCAUGUUGACACUGGUUUGGGAUUAGAAAGGUUAUGUUGUGCCUUGCAAGGCACCUUGAGCACUUAUGAUACAGAUUUGUUCGAUUAUCUCAUUAAAGCGAUCGAAAAGAACUGUAUUAAUGUUCCAAAAUAUAGCGGCCAUUUUGGGGAACAAGACUGGAAUGAUUUGGAUGCUUCUUACAGAAUUUUGGCAGAUCAUGUGAGGAUGCUCACAGUCUGUUUGGCCGAUGGGGUUGUUCCCGAACAAAAUCAGAAAUUAAGAAGGAUUAUCCGAAAGUGCCUUGUAUUAAGUCAAACGGUUUUUGGUAAUGAAAGAGGCUUGAUUAAGGAGCUUACGAACUAUGUUGUCGAGAAUCUGGGUGAUGUUUAUCCGGAAAUGGAACGCAAUAUUUCAUUGGUUCAUCAAAUAUUGGACUAUGAAGAAGAGGUUUACCGCGCUAUUCACAACGAGGCGAAAAAGGAAUGGACGAAAUUCGCCUUAAAUCACCCCAACCUGCCCAAUAUCGACUCUAUUGAUAUCACACCGAGUUUUAUUAAGGCAUUUAAAGAGCUACACCUAAAUAAAGUUGAAGAAAUCGACGAAAAUUUGGCUUAUAAACUGUACGACACUCACGGUUUCGACGCGGAGGGAAUCCAGACAUUGGCACAACUGUUAAACAUAAAAUUUAACGAGGAAACUUUUACGAAAAAAAUGGAUCAGAUUAAACUCAAGUCGAAAUCAAAUCGGGAAAUUUUAGUGGCGGAUCAACCGAUCGGUCUGCCUCCGACAGAUGAUUCAGACAAGUAUUGCUACAGUAAAACUUCUGGGCAAUACAAUUUUCCAGAGACUCACUGCCAAGUGAUUCAAAUAUUGGCAGAUGGCGCUCUCGUCUUGGACAAAACUAAUUUAUAUUCAGAAUCCGGGGGGCAACAGUCCGAUACUGGAACAAUUAAAUUCGAAAAUGGAGCGACUUUUUUCGUGCACCAACUGGAGAACGUCCGAAAUACCAUCAUACAUAAAGGAAAUUUAUCGAGUGGGACUGUAAAACCUGGUUUAAAAGGUUCCAUCACGAUUAAUCAGCAGAGACGUCUGGGGGCGAUGCGGAAUCAUACCUGCGCCCAUCUACUGAAUGCCGCGAUAAAGAAAAUUAAAAGCGCUACCUGUCAGAAGUCGAGUAAAGUAACCGACAAGUUUGUGAAUUUAGACGUGUCGGUAUUCGGGCCUAAAUUGAACGUGGAAGACGUGGUUAAAGUAGAGGAAAUCGUCAACGGAGUGAUCGCAGAUAAGGCGGAGGUGCGGGUGAGUACCACGGACAGUCAGGGCCUGUACAGUUUGGAUAAUGUGACUUUGAUACCAGGAGAGGUGUAUCCGGAUAGGGAGAUCCGAUUGGUGGAGGUGGAGGGUUGUGGAACAAGUUUUGUAUCAAGAGAACCAUGUUGCGGUACUCACGUCCUAAACACUGGAGACUUAGAGGAUUUUUGCGUGGUUAGUUUAAAAUCUUUAGGAAGAAGCAGCACAUCUUUGCACGGAGUCACUGGCGAUCGGGCUAAAUUGGCGCGAAAAAACGCUGAAGAAUUGGCGGAAGAUUUAGCUUUAUUUAAAGCGUCUGUACAGGAGUAUUUGGAUAAGCCAGAAGUGUUGGAAAUGGGAAUCUUAUCUUUAAAAAAAAGACUAAAUUAUGAAGUAACUGAUGAUCUCAUACUACCAUAUGCUUAUAAGCAAGGAGUGAUAGAGGAGUUGAAUGAUAUUUCUAGACAGAUUAAGGACAAGAGUAACGAGGAUUUAAGGAACUUCGUGAUCAUGGAAAUGCAAGACGCAUUAAAGAACAAAGUGGAACUAACGAAAUCCCAAAAAAAAUUCAUGGUUCAUUAUUUGAGAAGUUCGAUGAUGUUCGAGUCCGUCCCAUUACAAAGAGCCACAACGUUAUGCUCAGAUAUGCCCGUGAUCGUUAUCGCGUAUUCCGACAGCAUUGUCAAAGCCAGGUGCUGUGUUCCUCAAGAGUUCCAAACUGAAGAUUUCGAUGCGGAAAAGUGGCUGCGAGAGGCCGUUGCUUCCGUCUUUGAAAGUAAAACGACGUCGCAAAAAGUGCAAAAUGGGGUUUUGGUGUCGAACAUGAAAGGGAAAAAGGUGCACGUGCAAGAAUGGCAUCGCUUGCUGGAAGAAAGUAUCAACAGUGCCAAGAAAUACAUUAAUGAGAAGCUUUAAUUAAAUUUAUAGUAGUUUAUUUUUUUUUAUACUUGCAUUUUUAAUAUAAUUGUUUGUUUUC